AUGGAGCCUGACGAGAAGAAGAAGAAGAAGAUACAUUUGCCUAUUGUGCACAGAGAAACAGAUAUGGCGAAGGCGUUUAUUCUUCUCACUGCGUUUGCUGUUGUCGGGGGAGAUUUCAGCUUAUUCACAAAUCCAGCGUCGACCUUCUUUCAAGACACCUCCAGUUUUCAAUUUGAUAACCGGGUAGGAGAUAGGAGCGGUGUACAAGCUGAAAGAUUGCCUGUUAAUGGCUUUGGUGACGUUAAAAGUAUUUUAGCAGACCAUGGAGAGUACGCGAGCUUUAGCAACCCACCACCUCCCCCCGGAUCUGGUCAAGAUCCAGCAACACAAACAUGUGGGUUGGCACCAUCGUUUUGCCCCAAAAGUCGCUACCGGUCGUUUGAUGGUAGCUGCAAUAACCUGCAGAAUCCGAGUUUUGGUAUGCCUCAGACACCUUAUAAGCGAUUGGUGCCUUUCAACUACGCUGAUGGAAUCAGCAAAUUGCCCGUGUCUGUAACUGGAGGUGAAUUGCCGAAUGCUCGUGAAAUCAGCAUAACAUUAUUUCCUGAUAAGCCCAUAGUGGAUCCUCUAUGGAAUUUAAACGCUCAACAGUGGGGACAAAUUAUAACGCAUGACAUGUCUCUUACUGCUGGUGUCGCACAGAGCCAUCAAGAUCUAGUUGUUUGCUGUGAUGGCGAGGGUCGUAUUGCGUCGGAUGCGUACACCAAUCCUGUCUGUGCUCCCAUUAUUAUACCACCCAAUGACCCAAUUCACGGUCCCCAAGGCACACAAUGCAUGAACUUCGUGAGAACUGGGACUACGAGAGACAGGAAUUGUACACCUCCUAAUGCACCAGCUCAACCGCUAUCAACAGUGACUGCGUAUAUGGACCUCUCGUUAGUUUACGGGAGCAGUGACGGUCAAGCGAGGCUAAUACGUGCGUUUCAAGGAGGAAGACUGUUGACUAUUUUAAGGAAAGGGCGGGAGUGGCCGCCGCAAGAUCCCAAUGUUACCCUGACUUGUGAAUCCGCACAGUCGCCGAAUGAACCUUGCUAUUUAGCAGGUGACGUUCGAGUGAAUCAAAACCCACAAUUAACGCUCCUGCAAGUAAUUUUGCUUCGUGAACACAAUCGCAUAGCGGAUGUACUUGCGAGCAUGAACCCCUGGUGGAGCGACGAGACGAUUUUCCAAGAAGCUAGAAGGAUUCAUAUCGCCGAGAUGCAACAUAUUAAUUAUUAUGAGUAUCUACCUAUAUUUCUCGGAUAUGAAAACAUGGUGAAGAAUAGGCUGAUAUAUGAAGAAGUGAUUGGGUAUAUUGACGAUUAUAAUCCUCGAGUGGACCCUUCAAUAUUGGAUGAACACGCAACUGCCGCCUUCAGACAUUUCCAUACGUUAAUUUUUGGAUUUUUACAAUUAUUAACACAGGACAGACAAUUGGCGGGGUACGCUAGAUUGAGCGAUUGGUUCAACAGGCCUCUACUAUUGGAGUUGGAUAAUAUAUUCGACAAGCUGACAAUUGGGCUAACUGCGCAGCCCCCAUCCUAUAGCGACCAGUUUUGGGAUAGCGAAGUGACUCAAUUCCUCUUCCGACGAAAUAACACAUUUGGUGGUGACCUCCGAGCCACAGAUAUUCAGCGUGGGCGGGAUCACGGUUUGGGCAACUACAUUGACACUCGAGCAGCCUGUGGUCUACCGGUUCCGAGAUCGUUUAACGAUAUGACAGACUUCAUAACAAAAGCUAACGUCGAUCUUCUACAAACAUUGUACCAGGACGUCAGAGACGUAGAGCUGGUGGUCGCCGGGUCGUUGGAGAACAACAUGCCUGGCGCACUGGCAGGCCCGACAUUCCUCUGUCUGCUUACAGAGCAAUUCUACAGGACAAGAGUCGGCGAUCGAUAUUUCUAUGAAAAUGGUGAAGACCCGGAUACUGCGUUUACUUUGAGUCAGCUCCAGUCAAUCAGAAGAGGGGCUUCCAUGGCUCGUGUACUGUGUGAUAAUGCGGACAAUAUUAAGUACAUGCAGCCACGAGCUUUUGAACUAAUUUCAGCUGGAAACACGCCGGUUCCAUGCGAUCGUUUGCCCGCAAUUGACUUAAGUUUAUGGCAAGAUGAAAGGAGAGGUUUUGGGCGGUAG